UAAUUUAGGGUUUUAAGCCGAUUGAUUAUAUUUCUUUUCCCUUUUUUUUCCCUACCGCUACCAGAACCCUUUCCCCCCUGAAAAACCGUAUCUUGUUCUUCGUUAGGUUUCUGCUUCAUUCAAAGAAAAAGGGAAAAAGAUGCUUCCACUUUCCCUACUAAAAACUGCACAGGGUCAUCCCAUGCUGGUGGAACUGAAAAAUGGGGAGACGUAUAACGGACAUUUGGUCAAUUGCGACACUUGGAUGAACAUCCAUCUUCGUGAAGUUAUCUGCACUUCAAAGGAUGGAGACAGGUUUUGGCGAAUGCCCGAAUGCUAUAUCCGUGGAAAUACAAUCAAGUAUCUUCGAGUUCCUGAUGAGGUAAUUGAUAAAGUUCAGGAAGAAUCAAAGAGUCGUGCAGAUAGGAAGCCUCCUGGUGUGGGCCGUGGCAGAGGCAGAGGAGGUCGAGAAGAUGGUCCUGGUGCAAGGCAAUCGAAAGGACCUGGGCGUGGGCUAGAUGACGGUGCUAAGAGUGCUGGUGGAGGCCGAGGCAGGAGUGGUCGAGGUAGUGGCCGAGGUCGAGGUUGAUUCGAUGCCUGCUUUAAUUUGGGGGUAACAUGCUGGACUCGAGUUGGCGGUUAAUUUGAUCAAAAUGGUUUGCCUUAAGUGCCAAAUAUUAUGUACAUUGCGUAUUUCGGUUAAGGAACUUUGUAUGUAUUUUGGUUUGUCUAUUAACUUUAUGCUCUUUCUCUGACAGAGGUAAUAGCUUGUAAAGACAAAUUGUUGUUAAAUUUAUGGAUUGAAAAGAUUUUCGAACACAUUUUCUCA